GAAAAAAUUUCUCAUCAAUUUAUUUCUUAUCAUGUUGUUUGAUUUUCAAUGCACCAGAUAUUAUCUUUAUAGGUCUUCCAUCAUUGAAUUCGAAGUAGAAAACAAUGACAUCGGUAAAAAUUGCAUUCUAUUCGAUCUGCAUGAUAUGUGCAGCUUAUGUGUGUGUCGCACCUCUAUGCCCGGAAAUUGGGAAACUGCUAAAAGAUUCCAAAGUUAUUCCCGAUUUAAUAAACGAAGUACCUGAAGAUAUAGUAACAGUGGUUUGGAUGGAUAAUCAGACUGAAAUGGUACCUGGGACUUUAUAUCACGAGCACCAGGUCGCCUUCGAGCCUGGUUUAUUUUACGAGCCCAUUAAUGGCACAUAUUACACGUCGAUUUUAACAACUCCUGAUGGUGUAAAAUACACCCCACCCUAUAUUUGGCUAAACGUCAACAUACCAGGACUAAUGUUACAUGAAGGAGAUAAUUUGACUAAUUUCACACCUCCUCCUGCUAUAUUCAAAGAUCAACGUUACGUAUUUUUAAUCUACGAACAACCGAGUCGUAUGAAAUUCGAAAGAUCAGAAGUUUUUCCCAACUACCCUAAUUUCAAUCUUGCCGAAUUCCUCAGUAAGUUUACCUUCAAGAGGCUAAUUGGAGCUAAUUAUUUCAGGCUUCGACAUUAAAAAAUCCACGAUACUUGUAGAGAAUAAAACAAACAUAUUUUGUACUGAUUCAUAUCCAGUGAAAAUGAUUACUCAACCAGCAAAUGCAACUACUUUUUUCAAAUAUUCCUUUUAUAAAUUAUUUUAGUUUUAUAUUUUACGUGUCUUCUCAAUUUUUACAGACUAAUUUCAAGUGAGUUAUCAGAAUAUAAUUGUGUUGUUCGAACAUA